AGCCAGACGUUUCCCGUGCGUUGCGAAGGAGCGAGCGAAGCCUUUGCCCUCGAGCGACGCCACACCAGACCCUUCGCCCUCGCCGCCGCCGCCGAUCCCCUCCCUCAAACGCCGCCGCCCGUCGCUGCCGCCCCCGCCACCUCCCGUCGCGGGCAGGCGGGAGGAGCCCUGCCCGGCCAUGGCGACACCGCCGGCGGCCUCCUCCUCCCCCUCACCUUCUCUCCCUCUCCCAAGGGAGGGAAGGGAAUGGAAGGGAUUUGAUUGGAGCGGUGGAUCUGCGCCCUUGCCGUCUCUUCUUUUCUUCACCGAUUCCAGGAGGAGAUCGAAGUGGGAGGUAGACGAGCAGGAGCGCCGCGUCCGCGACAGCGAUGAGCGACGACCCAGGUUCUCCUCUCCCAUGGCAGGGGUCGGCGAGUGGCAACAGAUGCGGGACACCAACUGGUGGCGCAACGGACAGCGAGAGGCGGGACACCAACUGGGCGCGCCUCUCGCGGCCGACUUCCACGGCGGCGACGUCGUUUACCUUGGCGCCUGCUUCUUUCCGACUCAGCGAUCCCCGCGGGCACCGAUGGAUGGCGACGGGCAGCACGUGCGGCCGCGGAGCCGCGCGCUCCUGGCCGGCGACGAGGAUGACGGGACGUACGCCAGCGACGUGUACAGCGGCAACCUCGCCGCCACGGGCGGGUCUCGUGCUGGCCGGAUCUUGGGGCGGUAGCAGUACUUGGUGCAGCGCCGCCGCGGCGACUACGGCAGCGUCGGGGUCGUCGUCCUCAUCCGCACAGGGAAGCUGGACUGGGAGGUUUGCUGCUUCCGGUCGGCAGACGAUGGCUAUGACGCUAUGCCCAGCACGAGUGCUAACGCCAUCACGGCCAGCACCACUGGCACCAGCAGCCGCUCGGUGUGCUCUCCGGGAUGCUGCAGUCGAAGGGUCGAGCAGGAGCUAUGGAUGCCAGCAAACAAGCCUGUGUAGAUGGCAAUGCAUCAAUCAAAUCGGAUGGAGAACAUCACACAACAGCCUUUCUCCAGGACAUAAAGAAAAUGGUGGCACUUUGGGUUUUGCAGACGCCGCCUCGCGUAGGACUACGAACAUGGGACGCUCGGUCGAGUUUUUCUUAACUCGUCAGGAUUCUCAUGCUGCAAAUUUAGUAACGGGGCAAAUUUUUGGGUGUCCUGAUGUGUUUGCGGAUUGAUGAAAAUUUGGCGAGGGAGAUCAUAAACCAUCGCUCGCUGCAGCACAUCAAUUGUUGAAUUCGUUUGAAGGAGCUGUCAAUUGUUGAAUUCGCUUGAAGGAGAUGGAGCUCGUUUGGCUGAAUUUGCUACUGAGUUGCCACAUUUUGAGGGCCUGCAAUUGAAGAAUACAACACUUGAGAUAACAAUUGAAGAGUACUAGAGUAAUAAUAACUACUGCAAGAGUGAUGUAUUUUCUUUUUGUUGGAGAUUUUCUGCAUCUUUUAUGGACGGUAACAUUUGAGAUAACAAUUUGAUGUGCUAACCAUCAAGAUCAACUUCGACAUGUUUGGUCUCUAAAAGUUACUAUUGACCAUCA